AUGGAAACUAAUUUAUCAGGAAAAAAAGUUGCAAUUGUUGUGACGAACGGAUUUGAACAGUCAGAAUUUGAAGAGCCUUUAAAAUCACUAAAAAAGGCAGGUGCAAAGGUGGAUAUAGUGUCCAUAAAAAAAGAAAAAGUAAAGGGAUGGAAAGACAAAAACUGGGGCGACGAAUUUGAGGUGGAUUUGGCCAUAGAUUCGGCUGACAGUAAUAACUAUGAUGCUCUGGUGUUACCGGGUGGUGUUAUGAAUCCUGAUGCUCUGAGAACAAACGCGGAUGCGCUGUUAUCUUUGUACCAAAGAAAUCCUGUAAAGGAUAAAAGGAGAAUAGCAAUAACUAUUGCUGCG